GUCCGGGCAGGCGCGGGUUUGGCGGCAGGUUACCGGGAGGACGGUGCUGACACACGCACGCACACACACACACACACACAAGGCUGACUAUGGAGGCGAAGGAGUGGAGACCCCAGAGUUUUCCGGAGCUGAAGAAUGACACGUUCUUACGAGCAGCCUGGGGGCAAGACACAGACUAUACUCCUGUUUGGUGUAUGCGGCAGGCAGGCCGGUACUUACCAGAGUUUAGGGAAACCCGGGCUGCCCAGGACUUUUUCAGCACCUGUCGCUCCCCUGAGACCUGCUGUGAACUGACGCUGCAGCCCCUGCGUCGCUUCCCUCUCGAUGCUGCCAUCAUCUUCUCCGACAUCCUUGUUGUGCCUCAGGCACUGGGCAUGGAGGUGACCAUGGUGCCUGGUAAAGGCCCCAGUUUCCCAGAGCCAUUAAGGGAAGAGCAGGACCUGGUACAACUACGCGAUCCAGCAGUGGCAGCCUCUGAGCUGGGCUAUGUGUUCCAGGCAAUCACCCUCACACGACAUCGGCUGGAUGGGCGUGUCCCACUGAUUGGCUUUGCUGGGGCCCCGUGGACCUUGAUGACGUACAUGAUUGAGGGUGGCGGUUCAAGCACCAUGGCUCAGGCAAAGCGCUGGCUCUACCAGCGACCUCAGGCCAGUCACCAGCUGCUUCGUAUCCUCACCGAUACUCUGGUACCUUAUCUAGUGGGGCAAGUGGCUGCUGGUGCCCAGGCAUUACAGCUCUUUGAGUCCCAUGCAGGGCAUCUUGGCCCAGAGCUCUUCACCAAGUUUGCACUACCCUAUAUCCAUGAUGUGGCCAAGCGGGUGAAGUCUGGACUGCAGGAGGCAGGCCUGGCACCUGUGCCUAUGAUCAUCUUUGCUAAGGAUGGGCAUUUUGCCCUGGAAGAGCUGGCCCAGGCUGGCUAUGAAGUGGUUGGGCUAGACUGGACACUGGCCCCAGAGAAAGCCCGGGAGCGCGUGGGGAAGAAUGUGACCUUGCAGGGCAACCUGGACCCCUGUGCCCUGUAUGCAUCUCAGGAGGAGAUCCAGCGGCUGGUGCAGCAGAUGCUGGAUGACUUUGGGUGUCAACGUUACAUUGCUAACCUGGGCCAUGGGCUUUACCCAGACAUGGACCCAGAACACGUGGGGGCCUUUGUGGAUGCUGUGCACAGACACUCACGUCUGCUUCGACAGAACUGAGCAUGCACCUCUCCUCCCAGGACCACUGGUGGAGAUGAUGGUUUCCAGAAGAAUAAAAGCCCAAGUACGUGGCUUUGUUUGUGAAA